GGUGUGGCUGCUGUACCACACCGGGACUGGACGUCGUACGGGAGACCCAUCGCUCGCUCCUGUCAACCUUCGUCUUCCGUGUUCUCAACCCCCUCCUCCUUAAGCCACAAUGCGUGAGUGUAUCAGCGUGCAUGUGGGCCAGGCCGGCGUGCAGAUCGGUAAUGCCUGCUGGGAGCUGUACUGCCUGGAGCAUGGCAUCCAGCCCGACGGCCAGAUGCCCUCAGACAAGACGGUGGGCGGCGGUGACGACUCCUUCAACACCUUCUUCAGCGAGACGGGCUCGGGCAAGCACGUCCCUCGUGCUGUCUUUGUUGACCUGGAGCCUUCUGUCAUAGAUGAGGUGCGGACGGGAACCUACCGGGCGCUCUUCCACCCGGAGCAGCUCAUCACCGGCAAGGAGGACGCCGCCAACAACUACGCCCGGGGCCACUACACCAUUGGCAAGGAGAUCGUCGACGUCGUCCUGGAGAAGGUCCGCAAGCUGGCUGACCAGUGCACAGGUCUACAAGGAUUCCUUAUUUUCCACUCAUUUGGUGGUGGCACUGGCUCCGGCUUCACCUCCCUCCUCAUGGAGCGACUGUCGGUAGACUACGGCAAGAAGAGCAAGCUAGAAUUUGCUAUCUACCCUGCCCCUCAGGUGGCAACAGCGGUUGUGGAACCCUACAACUCCAUCCUCACAACCCACACGACCCUGGAACACUCUGACUGCGCCUUCAUGGUCGACAACGAGGCCAUCUAUGACAUCUGUCGGAGGAAUCUAGACAUCGAACGUCCCACCUACACCAACCUCAACCGUCUUAUUGGCCAGAUCGUCUCCUCCAUCACCGCCUCCCUCAGGUUCGACGGCGCCCUGAACGUGGACCUGACGGAGUUCCAGACCAACCUGGUGCCCUACCCUCGCAUCCACUUCCCGCUGGUCACCUACGCCCCCGUCAUCUCCGCAGAGAAGGCCUACCACGAGCAGCUCUCCGUCGCAGAGAUCACCAACGCCUGUUUCGAACCCGCUAAUCAGAUGGUGAAGUGUGACCCUCGCCACGGCAAGUACAUGGCCUGUUGCCUCCUUUUCCGGGGCGAUGUUGUGCCCAAGGACGUCAAUGCUGCCAUCGCCGCCAUCAAGACCAAAAGGACCAUUCAGUUCGUGGACUGGUGCCCAACAGGCUUCAAGGUAGGCAUCAACUACCAGCCCCCGACGGUGGUUCCUGGAGGGGACCUAGCCAAGGUGGCCCGCGCCGUCUGCAUGCUCUCUAACACCACCGCAAUCGCCGAGGCGUGGGCUCGUCUCGACCACAAGUUUGACUUAAUGUAUGCCAAACGAGCUUUCGUUCAUUGGUACGUCGGUGAGGGCAUGGAGGAGGGCGAGUUCUCAGAGGCACGAGAGGACUUGGCGGCCCUCGAGAAGGACUAUGAGGAGGUGGGACUUGACUCUGCUGAGGGUGAAGGCGAAGAGGAGGAGGGGCAGGAAUACUAGGCAUCCUCCAUAGCACCUCACCCCCCUUCACUAAAACUACAAUACCUGCCAUGGCACCUAUCUUCUUUCCAACUAAGAUAGCUGCCAUAGCACCCCCCCCCCCCCUCUGAAUUAUGAUAGCUGCCAAGGUACUUCCCCAAAACAGACAAUUGCCACAGCAUCCCCCCCCCCCAAUCCCCUAAAAUACUCAAAAAUAUACUCCCCCUGACUUUUAACAACAAUCACAGCAGCUCUCGUGACAAAUAUUAGUAUGACAGCCCCAUGCACUGACAUAAAUGUCCAUAACUACAAUACGUGCUAUAGUGACUAGAGCACUCGGUACCAUUGGAUCAAGUACUUCCUACUCAAAGGGACUUUUGUUGUCUCCUUUGUGAAAUUGGUUCGAAUUGUAUCUCUGGGUCAUCUGUCAGAUGCUUGUUGAACUAUCACUCUCAUCCUUCACAAUGGUUCAUCUUUUUGAUCUUCCAACUUCAUGAAGGAACAUGACUGUGCCAAACCACCAUGUCAAAAACAAAAAAAUAGAAAAACUGACACUUUACGUUUAGAGUUGGUAGUAACAGAAAACAGUUUCCUAAUAUUUGGGAUUUAGUGUCUCGCUUCUCCACCAGAGAAGGGUUAAACGAAUGCAAGUUGCUAGUUAUAAAUACUUGAAUUCUAGAUCAUUAAUAUCCCAGAGGGAGUAGGAGAAGGCAAAAAGCUUGUGUUGAUCUGCUCGUCUGGGGAGUUCGGUUGAACUCCAUUGGCUCUUGUGCCGUUUUGUCUGACCUCCGCUGUUGUAGAGUAGGGGGGACUGAAGUCACUAUAGUGUGAUCUGGACAUUAGGAUCAAACCCACACAUAACUGUGCCAAAGUCAAUUUUUGUGCCAAAUGAUGAAGUAAUGUUGGAAUCCAUAACUGAAUUCAAUAAAGCUUGUGCAACAGUGGUUAAUUAAAGCAGUUUUGCAGUUUUGAAAUGAAAUGGUAAUUUUUGUGCCAAAACAAUAAUCAGACAUAUCGAGAUUAAUACAACAGGGAAGUUUGGCUUCGAUUUCUAUCUGGUCUUGCUUGGUUAGAGCUAUGCCCGAGAACCAUGACCAGAUUUACACGAUCUAUCCAAAUUGUGAAAAAUUGACAUAAUAGGACCAACUAACCCUGUUAAAUACUGUAUGGUAUCAAGAUAAAUAUUAUCCAGCUUAACUAAAUAGUUAAUAAUCUCUGACU